CCGCCGAGGCCGCUGCGACCCGCGGUGACGGCGAGGACGGCGGUGACUGCUGGUGACGGUGCCGGGACGCGCGCGCGAGUGCAACCGGCGGUAGGCCGCUGCGGGUAGCUGACGUCAGCGGCAGUUAGUGUCAUCGAUAGCUAACGUCGGACAUACCCGUACAUGUGAGCAGCCCGGAUCCAAGACGUCAGUGGUGGGGGUCGUCUAUUGUUGACGGCGGACAAGGGCCGUGAUCGUGAGCAGAUAUCCUUGACGGGAUCGUUUCCGAAGCGGACGCCGUGUGGCUAGCCGUGGGUGGCACCGCUCGCGGACGGCGGCAGGAGCCGACGUGCCGCGCGCCGACCACAGCCGCCCACGGGGCCGGCCCGUCGCCCCCGCUCGCCAUGGCCUACGAAGAAAUCUCCGAGGAGGAGUGCCUAAAGGACCGCAAGUGGUGGUGCUUCCUGCUGUCCUCCAUCGCCACAUUCAUAGCGGGCCUGCUGGCCGUGCUCCUGUGGCGGUUGGGCAGCUGGCUGUGCUGCAGCGGAGAGGCCCGGCCGGAGUACUCGCAGAGCGCGCGCGAGCCGCGGCCCCCCGCCCUGCCGCCUGGACAGAAGCCCCAGUUCGAGGGCAGCUUCGUGUCAGAGGCCAAGGACUGGGCCGGCGAGCUUAUGUCCGGACAGACCACCACCGGCAGGAUCAUGGUGGUGUUGGUGUUUUUCCUCAGCAUAGCUUCGCUGGUCAUCUAUUUCAUUGACGCCUCCAACCAGGGGGUGGAGCAGUGCAUACGGUGGAGCAGCAACCCUACGCAGCAGAUCGACCUAGCCUUCAACAUCUUCUUCAUGGUGUACUUCUUCAUUAGGUUUAUAGCGGCCGGCGACAAGCUGUGGUUCAUGCUGGAGAUGUACUCAUUUGUCGACUACUCCACCAUUCCACCAUCGUUCGUCGCCAUCUACCUGAACAGGACCUGGAUCGGGCUCCGAUUUCUGCGCGCGCUGCGUCUGAUGACGGUGCCGGACAUCCUGCAGUACCUCAACAUCCUGAAGACGUCCAGCUCCAUCCGGCUGGCGCAGCUCUGCUCCAUCUUCAUCGCCGUCUGGCUCACCGGCGCCGGCACCAUCCAUCUGCUGGAGAACUCAGGCGACCCUCUGGACUUCGACAACCCGCAGCAACUGAGCUACUGGACCUGCGUCUACUUCCUCAUCGUCACCAUGUCCACGGUCGGCUACGGCGACGUCUUCUGCAAGACGGUACUCGGCAGGACGUUUCUGGUGUUCUUCCUCCUGGUGGGACUGGCCCUUUUUGCCAGAAGCAUUCCGGAAAUACUCGAAAUUUUCGAGAGGAGGUCCAAAUACACGGGGACGUACAGUCAGCAGCGUGGCAAAAGACAUAUUGUGGUGUGCGGCCACAUCACCUACGAGUCCGUCUCACACUUCCUGAAGGACUUCCUGCACGAGGACCGCGAGGACGUGGACGUGGAGGUGGUGUUCCUGCACAGAGACGAGCCUGACCUGGAGCUGGAAGGUCUUUUAAAGCGUCAUUUCACGGCCGUACAGUUUUACCAGGGCUCAAUCAUGUCAGCUGUUGACCUAGCCAGGGUCAAGAUCCACGAAGCUGACGCAUGCCUCGUGCUGGCCAACAAAUACUGCCAGGAUCCCGACGCCGAGGAUGCUGCCAACAUAAUGAGGGUGAUCUCCAUCAAGAACUACAGCGACGACAUCCGCAUCAUCAUCCAGCUGAUGCAGUAUCACAACAAGGCGUACCUGCUCAACAUUCCCAGCUGGGAUUGGAAGCGAGGCGAUGACGUCAUUUGUUUGGCGGAGCUGAAGCUGGGCUUCAUCGCGCAGAGCUGUCUGGCGCCGGGCUUUUCCACCAUGAUGGCCAACCUCUUCGCCAUGCGUUCCUUCAAGACGUCCCCAGACACACAGGCGUGGCAGAACGACUACCUGCAGGGCACUGGCUGCGAGAUGUACACGGAGACGCUGAGUGCCUCGUUUGUGGCCAUGUCAUUCCGCGCCGCGUCCGAACUGUGCUUUUCCAAGCUGAAGCUGCUACUUCUGGCGAUCGAGAUCCGCAGCGAGGACGGCGGCGACAGCAAGAUCGCCAUCAACCCGCGGUUCAAUAAGCUGCAGCCCAACACGCAGGGCUUCUUCAUCGCACAGUCCGCGGACGAGGUGAAGCGGGCGUGGUACUACUGCAAGUCAUGCCACGAGGACAUCAGAGAUGAGACGCUCAUCAAAAAGUGCAAGUGCAAAAACCUGGCCCUGUUUCGUAAGGGCGUUCGAGCAGUCCAAAUGGUGGGACGUGCAACUGAAGCCCUGGAGAGCAAUGGAAUGGCGCUGACCAGCAGCGGCUCGGAGCCGGUCAAGUCGCCCAGCAGCGGGCUCCUGAGCGCUGCCCGGCAGAUGACGAAGCUGGGCAAGAGCUCCACGGAUCUGAGUCCGGAUGGGCCCGCCUACAACAGACUGCCGGAGGAGACGCCUCCCACCGGAUACCAGGCGCUUCCUCUCGCCUAUGAAGUGAAAAAGCUGCUCCCGGCGUCGCGAGCCGCCAGCGGCGCCAACGCCGGCCCCGGCGGCAUCCAGUCCGGCAUCGCCGACGACCAGUCCAAGGACUUCGACUUCGAGAAGACGGAGAUGAAGUACGACAGCACGGGCAUGUUCCACUGGUGUCCAGCCCGGUCCAUGGAGGACUGCAUGCUGGAUCGGAACCAGGCGGCGAUGACAGUGCUCAACGGCCAUGUGGUGGUCUGUCUGUUCGCCGACCCCGACUCGCCCCUCAUCGGCCUCCGUAACCUGGUGAUGCCGCUGCGCGCCUCCAACUUUCACUACCACGAGCUGAAGCACGUGGUGAUCGUGGGCUCUGUGGACUACGUCCGACGGGACUGGAAGAACCUGCAGAACCUGCCCAAACUCUCCAUACUGAACGGAUCUCCGCUGAGCAGGGCCGACCUCAGAGCGGUGAACGUCAACCUCUGCGACAUGUGCGUCAUCUUGUCGGCCAAGGUGCCAGGUCAUGACGACCCGACUCUGGCGGAUAAGGAGGCAAUCCUCGCCUCCCUCAACAUCAAGGCCAUGACGUUCGAUGACACGAUUGGUGUCUUCAGCCAGAGUCCGAGUGGCAGUCGGACGCCGCCGAGCAGUCCUCUCGUCGUUCAGCGGCGUGGCUCCGUGUUCGGCGUUAACGUCCCCAUGAUCACUGAGCUUGUCAACGACUCCAACGUCCAGUUUCUGGACCAGGACGACGACGAUGACCCGGACACGGAGCUGUACCUGACCCAGCCUUUCGCCUGCGGCACCGCCUUCGCCGUCAGCGUGCUGGACUCGCUCAUGUCCACGACGUACUUUAACCAGAAUGCGCUGACGCUGAUCCGGUCCCUGAUCACCGGCGGCGCCACACCGGAGCUGGAGCUGAUCCUGGCGGAGGGCGCCGGCCUGAGAGGCGGCUACAGCACGGCCGACACGCUGACGAACCGGGACCGAUGCCGCGUGGGGCAGAUCAGCCUGUGCGACGGGCCCCUGGCACACUUCGGCGAGGGAGGCCAGUAUGGCGACCUGUUCGCCGCCUCUCUGCAGCAGUACGGCAUGCUCUGCAUCGGCCUCUACAGAUUCCGUGACACGAACAGCUCGCCGGACGCGUCCACCAAGCGAUACGUCAUCACGAAUCCGCCCGGUGACUUUGCCAUCCUCCCCACCGACCAGGUGUUUGUAUUGCUGCAGUUUGACCCAGGCAUGGAGUACAUCCCGAACCGAGGCGGCGGGCUCGGCCCUGCCAAGAGGUCCCAGUGCUGGCCGACGCCUGGCGCUGCUGCCCCGGGACCAGCCCGGCACUGACCGCAGAGGAUGACCGACAGGUCACCGGCCUCGGUCAUCGGUCAGCUCGUGACAUGACCUCCGGUGGCGUAUCAGAACGGUGUUAGAGACGGCAAGAACGAAAAGCGUUUCACCAUGUAACGAGUGCCCAGUGGCAUGUCUUUUGGUCGCAUGUUGUUGUGUGAACAGAGAGCGUGUUAUGACUGAUUUGAGCGCUUCAUUUUGUGAUGGACGUCGAUAGAAGUGACCGUGAAAGGACUGUUUUAAGUGAGAAAGCACAUCUGCUAUGCCAUCUGAUUACUGGCCUUGUUAUAACCCCGCCAUGACACCGCAAGAUUCACUUUGCAAAACGAGGUUAGUGUGGAGCCUUCAAGUUACUUCAUCUUGUGAACGUGCAUUCUCUCACUAACGUAUCAUCGCAUGGUUUUUCAUCGCAUGACUUCAUGCCCUGCCAUGGACCUUCGUCAUGUUCCCAGGUCCAUGGCGUUUCGAGAUGUAGGACCGUGCAGACCGAGGUGCUAGGUUUCACAAUAUCCUGUUUGGAUCGAGUGGCCUGCUGUCUUGAUUCUAGACGCGCGAUUGGAUGGCCAGAAACAGGCUGCAGAUGGCGUACGUUAUGGUACAUCCGGUGCCUCUGAAAAUGACGUCACGACGGCGGUCACGUAGUGUUGCAGCGGCCACGUAACCGAUACCGUGUCUGUGUUGAUGCCACCUUGGUCAGAUAUCACCACUUCAUGGGACCAGCACCGUCGCACCGUUCGCCGCCACGUGACCAGUUCCUCCGAGCCUCGCAGUGCGCAAAGUAUCACGAUCAGCCA